AUGGCGGCGGAUGCUGCAAGUGUUGCCUCCAAGGAGGGCGCAGCUGUGCUCAGCAAGUCGGAGUCCCUGCUCUGCUCCUUCUUCUUCGUGGUCGCCGGUCUCCAGUCGCUGCUCGCGUGGUGUAUGACCCUGAACUUGGGCCCCUACAUGACGAACAACUUCUUUGAAGGUGAAGACUAUGGCAACACCCUGCUGGCUAUGUUCCAGGUCGGCUGCAUGUUGGUCCAGAUAGCCCUUUUGAAAUUCAGAAACGCGCCUCCCAAGAGAUGGUACUUCUACGUCGCCGGCGGAGUGAACAUCGUCACGUUCAUCAUAUACACCCCGCUCGUCGCGUACCUGCCCACCCGUGGCGCCAUCGCCUGCAUCCAUCUCGUCUGCUUCUUCCUCGGAAUUGGCUCUGGUCUCCUCCAGGGCGGAGGCUUUCCCUACUCCUGCUCCCUGCCGUCGAACUUUGCCGGCUUCAUGUCCGCAGGUCAGGGUACCGCUGCGCUGUUGGCCUUCAUCUGGAACACGUUCUUCGCCUUCGUCUGUUUCGAUCUGGACACCGCUGAGGGUCUGGAGAAGAUGGCGUGGUCUUCCUACGUCUUUUGCGCGGCGCUGGCUGUCGUCUACUUUGCGCUCUUUGCGUACCUGCAGACCAAGCCGUGGGCGCGCGCUCCAUUCGAGCCGAAGGCGCCUCUGGAGGACGUCGCCGCCAAGAGCGACAGGGCGAUGGACGGCGUUCAGGUAGCCAAGUCUGACCGCGAGGGUCAGUACGAGCUUGAUCAGUUCGCCAUGGCUCGCACUGCGCAAACCUCCAUGACGGAGUCCCCGGACGGGGCGGGGGCCGCGAAGGCGCCGCAGGUGCUCGACGAGGAGAGCGGCGAGGUUGCCGACGACACGAGCAAGAUGCGCCCGGCGAGAGAGUACAUGAUGGAUGCGUUGCCGCAUUUGCUGAACAUCUGCAUCACGUUCUUCAUCUCGCUCAACAACUUCCCCAAGAUUGGCCCCAUCUCGUGGAACUACAACCAGCAGCCAGCGAACCACUUCCUGGUCAUCUUCGGCGUCUACGCUCUCGGCGAAAUGAUUGGUCGUUUCCUCCCGGACUGCACCCGUCUGAGUUCCAAGUACUUCAGCUGGACGAUGAUUCCGCCCAGGUUCGUGCUGUAUUUCACCUUCUCCCGCGCAAUCUUUUACGUGCCGUAUUUCCUGGGCUACAAGCUCCACGACACCACGGUGCUGAACGACUUCUGGUGGUACUGCAUCGUCACCCUGCUCUUCGGCAUCACCCACGGCUGGCUCACGACACUCGGCUUCAUCUACUCGCUCACCUCCGUCCGGGACUGCGAACGCGGCGUCACCGGUCCCCUGAGCGUCCUCUUCCUCAGCGUUGGUGUGCUCGCGGGUCUGUACCUAGCUAUUGCGUACUAG